UCAAAAUUAUCAAUUUAUGUACGACCCCGUGCCUACAUACUGCAGCCUGUUUAUUUAAAAUACAAAAAAAAUAAUAAAUAAGUUCUGCGAUUAGAGUUUAAAUUUCUAAAUUUAACGUUUUCACCAUAGAAUAUUAGCAAUCGAUCGGUCAAGAUAAAUACUAGACGAUUUUCGUAUGGUGACUACUGCCUAUUAUUAUGGAUGUGUCUCUAGUGUUGAAUUAAUAAACAGUUUAUUUUUCAAGUCCAAAGUACGUUAGUGUCGUUGAGUUCAGUGAUUGUGCAAAAAUGUCUUUAGAAGAGAAGUUCCAUGCAGCUGUUAAUGUGAUAAGGAGUCUGCCCAAAACUGGGUCGUACCAGCCCAGCAAUGAGAUGAUGCUAAAGUUCUACAGCUACUUCAAACAGGGCACAGAGGGCACAUGCACGAAGCCCAAGCCAGGUUUUUGGGAUGUCAUAAACAGGGCAAAAUGGGAGGCGUGGAUGAAACUGGGUAACAUGUCAAAGGAAGACGCAAUGAAGGCUUAUGUGGAAGAAUUACACAAGAUAAUCGAAACGAUGUCAUACAACUCUGACGUAGCGUCGUUCCUCACGAUAAACGAAGAUGGCGACGGCUUUCCCAGCGCUGAUUUGCAGUUGGUAGCCGGUGAUGUGCUGGCUAGAUGUAGAUCCGAGUCACAACACAAUUCGCCUAUGUAUUCCCGUUCAGUGAGCGGCGCGUCGUCCCCCGUCCCGGAGGAGACGGCGUCGCGGACACGACACGACUCGGAGGACGAGUACAUUGACACCGUCGAUGUUGGUGUGCCGCACGCUGUGGAACCCGAACCAGCGAUACAAACGCACAGCGCGCCGAGACUCAGCAACGGACACGCUUACCAAAUCACUUCGCAAUUAACACAUCUAAAAGUGCUAGAACAACUACCGGGUACACUCGCUCGGUUGGAGGCUGAUGUAGCUGCGUUGAGAAAAGCUGUGGAAGGCGAUAGGCGGAUAUUGGAUCAAGUAUCAAGCAGCUGGCGUUGGCCGUGGCAAGAGCUGAGCCCACCUACAUUGUUUUUGGUCGUCGUUUGGCCGUUUAUCGCAUAUCGCUUUAUGGCGAGGAAGAAUCGCUCUUAGUGGGUGUCAACGGAUUCCAUAAUGUGAUUCAUACGUGCUAAACUCAUUGUUUGGAUUAUCAAAAAUAUCAUUAUUUAGGCCCUUAUACUAUUUUAACUAAUAUACUUGUGUUAGGGCUAUUAGUAGCAACAUUCCGUUUUUAUCCAACUUGUCAAAAAGACGUACCUCAUUAUUCAUUAUUAUCGUAUAAAAGUCAAUUGGAAAUAAGUAAAUUUUGAAGUAGUGGCUA